UCGCUCACUUUGACUUGCUUGAUUGGCUCUGUUGUUCACCGCUUUUUUAGUUUCUAAACUACCCCCCACCAUGGCACCGCGAACGGAGCAGGCUGCUGUCACCGCUGCAGGUGGCGAUGACGGUGCCAUCAUCAACAAGCCAAAGUACAACAAAAAGUACGCUGUCGGCCACAAGGAGGACGCCAACGCAGGCCCCCUCUUCAUCCACCUCUACGGCAAGCGCGUCAAUGUCACCAACUGGCUCAGCAAGCAUCCCGGUGGCCGCAAGGUCCUCCACGUCUUCCAAGACCGCGAUGCCACCGAGCAGUUUGAGGCCAUGCACUCCAAGGAGGCUCGCAAGCAGCUUGAUGGCUUUUUGAACAAGUCCGAGCCAGUCCCCGAGGGCCAGUCCGGCGACACCAAGUUCUUUGAAAACCCCGUUCGCAAGGACAUGGUUGAGCUCCGCCAAAAGCUCGAAAAGCAGGGUCUCUUCAAGCCCAACAUUCUUUUUGAGGUUACAAAGCUCCUCUACGUAUUUGGCUCCAUUCUCGGUGGCCAGUACAUCAUGUACGCCUUCCCGGAGCACCUGUACCUUGGCAUGCUCUUGGUGAUUCUUGGCUGGCACCAGGCCGGCUGGGUUGGCCACGACUACUCGCACCACUCGGUGUUUGCGUCGCCCGUGCUGAACGAUCAGGUCUCGACCAUUGUCGGCGCCCUCCAGGGCUACAACCUCAUGUGGUGGAAGGCUCGCCACAACACCCAUCACGUUGUGACCAACGAGGUCGGCAACGAUCCCGACAUCAAGACCUCGCCCUUGUUCCACUUCAUCCAGCAAUACCCCGACCUUAACAAGAAGCUCAAGAGCAUUCAGCGCUACCAGCACAUUUACUACGUGCCCGCGAUGGCCAUCCUCGAUCUCUACUGGCGCUUCGAAUCGAUCGAGUUUAUUGCUCGCCGCUUCAAGAAGAUGCGCUUUGAUGCCCUGCUUCUUGUCGCCCACUACACUGGCCUCGCGUUCGUCUACUCCACAACCGGCUUCUGGCCCAUCUACAUUUGCAUGCUCGUCCGCGGCUGGCUCACCGGCCUCAUUGUCUUCUCGUCCCACUACGCCGAGGAGCGCAUCGACCCCGACGCUCACAUGCCCUUCCUCGAGCAGACCGUCCGCACCUCGCACAACAUUUCUGGCAGCUCUCUUUGGCACUUUUUCACUGGCUACAUUUCCAUGCAGGCUGAGCACCAUCUCUUCCCUACCAUGCCCCGCUCCAACCUCCCCUACGUCCAGCCCCUCGUUCGCGAGUUGUGCCUCAAGCACAAGCUUCCGUAUGGCGAGGACAACAUUAUCGAGUGCGUCAGGCAUAACAUUCGCUCGCUUACACCCAAGAAGAUUGAGUAGCGAGAGAUGCGCUUUUGGGUUUUUUUGUCGAGUCGCGAUGCGUGGUUGGCAACCAACCCCACCUUGAUCAUCUUGGCGCUCAACAGCAGCCGCAUGUUACGAAAUGUUUUUUCCUUAGGCUUUGUCUUUUUGCGACAAAAGACCUGCUGCUCGGUCGCAUUUUGAUGUUGAUUUUUUUAAAUACAC